AUGGUCUACGAUGUCGCCCCCGGGCCGACACCCUACGGAAGAAAACUGGCCCAGAACUUCAGCCGUGACUGCCUCAAGGCACGGAUGCUGGGCAACAAGCAGAAACUCAUCGACUGUCGGCACCGGCUUGUUACAGCUGAGAAGUUCCUACGACGGACUCUCAAACCUGACGACAUGCACCACGUGUUCGGUGCACGGAAGCAAGCAGAAGAAAUGGAAAGGGUCAAAUGCACGGAUACCCAUGACAAGAAACUGUCCCAACUAAUUCCAAAGGUCCCCACACCACCGGCAUCAGCGGUCUACAACUUGUCAUCGAAAGAGCUCUCCGCAGGUCAUAUCGUCACGUGCCUAGCAAAGCUCAAAAGGAAAGUGAAAAGUCCGGAGGACAGCCAACGAACAAGCGGGAAACCGAACGAAGAGCGGGAAGCAAGAAAGGUGACAUCAAAAAUCAAGCUUCCCAAAUUAGAGCUCAUCAAGUUUAACGGACACCGAAGAAAUUGGCAGCCCUUCUGGGAGCAAUUUCAGACCGCCAUCCAUGGAAAUCCGGAACUAUCGUCCUCAGAAAAAUUCAAGUACUUGAGGUCAGCCCUGACUGGUGAUGGAGCAGCCGCCAUCGCAGUACUGCACCCAACCGCUGAAUGCUACGCCCACGCCAUCGAGCUCCUGCAGCAGCGGUUCGGGAACCAGGCGGAGCUGAUACAGGACCACAUGACAGGGCUCAUGGACAUCAAUCAGGUGCCGUCAUCGCGCAGCGUCAGAGCUCUGCGGCGGGUCUACGACAGCGUCCAGGCUCACAUCCGGGGCCUUCGGGCGUUGGGUGUGACGGAUCAGUCAUACUGUGCCAUGCUCUACCCGGUUCUGCUUCGUGCGCUUCCGGACGACAUGAGGCUCGAGUUCAACCGCAAGAUGUCUUCGGGGAACGCCGAAAACGCCACCGCCGGGGGAACAUCAGCAACCGACAUCGGCUCCGACUCAGCAACGGAACAAGGACCCGUUAAGGAGGUGCGCGCGCUGCUGAAUUUUCUCAAGAUCGAGGUGGAGAGCCGGGAGAAAACAUCCAAGGAACAACCCGAAGACGCCGGCGGUAAGCCUGCACAUUGUUUUCCCAUGCAUGAACAUCCGAAGAGGCGCCUAAACAACGCCAAGACUCGGAACGCUACCGCUACGGCCUUGCAUGGCAGGAUGGACAGCAUGGAAUGCUUUCUUUGCGAAUCAAAGGCGCACAGCACACCAGACUGUAACGCGAAGAUCGAACUCAAGGAAAAGAAGCGCAGGCUGCAAGCCGAUCGCAGGUGCUUCCGGUGCACAAAGCCGAACCACACGGCAAGAAUGUGUCGCGGCACGCUCCGUUGUGACAGGUGUGGAGGAAGGCAUGUAUCCACUAUGUGUGAUCCAGAUUACUUGCCGGGACGAGCCGCCAGCGGAUCGGAUGAAACGCGGAAGAAAGACAAGACGCCUCUCAACCUGCAUGUGAGCGAGAAGGGCAACAAACCGGCUGUCCUUCUGCAAACCGUUACCGCGUGGGUGGAAAGCAAGAACAGAAGAAAGUUGGCCCGCAUUCUCUUCGACAGCGGUAGUCAGCGCUCCUUCAUUACAGAGGAGCUGUCGAGGGGUCUUGGUUGCAAGCUUCUCGGAACGUAG